AUGUACCAGCUUCAAAACCGCUCGUUGCUGGCAUCAGAUAGAGAGCGGGCUCUUUUGACACAACAGGCUCGUAGCAAACUGAUACGAUGUGCACAUAGCGAUAAAAAUACGGAUCUAAACUUACGAAUUCUGGUAGGCCACGCUAAUUUGCUGGACCGUCUGGCAUUGGAAGAAACGCAAUGCGAUGUCCAAACGUACAACUCGACAAUUUUGGAAGAGUUCCAAUCGGAUUCCGAAAGCUCCGAUUCGGGUUCCGAUUCGGGUUCGGACUCAGAACUCGAAUCUGACGCAAGCUUCGACGAAGAAGAAGACUUUGAUUCGGAUUUGGAAGAUACCGAUGAGUACUGUUACCGUCAUAAUGACAACGACGCUAAUGAAUUUCAGUCGCCAGCGGUGCCUUUGUACGAGAUAGCCAAACACAUUUACCGGCCUCACGACAACGAGAACGAUAACGGUAACCGGAGCAUGCGUUGCGAAACGACCACAACCGUGGUGACGCUUGCCAACGAUGAUGACGACGACGAAGACGAUGAUGAUGAUGAUGAUAAUGGUAACAAAUGGAGCGAUGUCGCUUUCGACGACGACGACGACGCCGACGCCGAUGAUGAAACGGAGCGUAUUUUGAGCUACUGGGACCGUCAUCACCAACAACAGCGCCUCCACCACCAUCACCACAGCGCGGUAAAGAUAGAACGCGUUCCCGCGAUACCUCUGAUGUGCUAA